UUGUUGCUUCAUCAAGCGUUGGGUGUCUGUUGAGAGGGUUGUUAGACUAGUUAAGUACCUGUUCUUGGCUUCCAACGCAAGCGGGCGAUCGGCGAGCGGAUAAUCCGGCUCCUUAUGCAUCAAUGAUCACACUACUUGGUUUUCCACCUCUCUGACCAUCUCGUCCUUCUCUCUGGCUUCCCGUCGCUUUUUUGCCCAGGUUCCCGUCCUGUUGCUCUGGCUGAGUAUUCCUGAUCACAUUGCGUCCUCCAAGAUGGGCUCUUUAGCCCGAUUCUUCCGCAUCCCGCGGCCAGAGACUUUCUUCUAUGUGAUGAGCCUGGAGACGGGCGCUUCUCUGAUUACGCUCUCAUUGCUCCUGAACAAGAUCAGUGGUCUCUAUGGCCUGCUUGCGCUGUUGACCGGAUACCACCUUUCGCCGGUCCAGCUGUCCAUGUAUGUUUACUCGCUCGGGGCUCUGGGCCUCACGGCUUUCCUGUUCCCCCACAUCCGGAAGCACUCGCCGCUACAAUGUCUGUCGCUCGCUUGGUUUUAUCUCCUGGAUAGCUUGAUUAAUGCCGCCUACACGGCGGCUUUUGGUGUGACAUGGUUCCUCGUUGUGUCUCAGCACUAUCAUAAUGCGCCUACAUCCGGUCCAGGAAGUGAGACCAUGGAGGAAACUGCCGGGUUCACGAAUCCAAAAUACAACGUCUCUUCGGUCCAAGCCGCGGCCGGACCGGAUGCUGGUGUUUUGUCACCCGGACAGGGUGCUGUGGCUGCCGCGCACCCUGCCACUGCGCCGGCUGGUAGUUUGGGGGCGACGGCGCAAGGCGUUCCUAGUCUAGGGCACGGUGUUCUUCAGCCAGAGAGUUUCCAGAGUAUCGGGUUCAUCUGUGCUCUGUGGGGAAUCCGCAUCUAUUUCGUCCUGGUCAUGUUGGCCUUCGCUAGACACGCGCUUCGUCAAUACGUGGCCACGGGGUCACCUCGUCAUCACCAGGUUCCUACCCACAGUCGCAAUGUGUCUGUGGCCAGCUGUAACGCCGAAAUCGAUCGAGAUCCGUUCUCCGCACGCAGUCCAGAUGGACAAGGAUGGCAGGGAAAGCUGGGCCGUGCUAUGGUCAGGUUCCCUCGAAGCUACUGGCUUGGCGGGCCUGAUGAUGCCAACUGGGCGAGCGCAAUUGGUCGCAGGUUUCGCAGACGAGGUGAAGUUAAUACUGGACCGACUGAGAGAGAACGACGGCGACGCUCGGGUACUGGUCCACCACUCCCUUCGCAAACAGUGGUACAGGCUGCCGCUUUGCAACAGCCUAUCCAAGUUCAAGGGAUGCAUGUGAAGAUGCACGACUGGAACGAUCCCAGGUGAUCCGUCAUCUAUGGGAAUCACAAACCGGCCGUGAUACUGACCUAUACUGUCC